AUGUCGUCGCGCAAGAAGGUGCUCCUCAAGGUCAUCAUCCUCGGAGAUAGCGGUGUCGGCAAGACCAGUCUGAUGAAGCAAUAUGUCGACAAGGAGUUUAGCGCCAGCUACAAGGCCACGAUUGGCGCCGAUUUUUCGACAAAGGAGGUCCUGGUGGACGAUAGACAAGUCACCAUGCAGCUGUGGGAUACCGCCGGCCAAGAACGCUUCCAGUCGCUGGGCGUCGCCUUUUACCGCGGCGCCGACUGCUGCGUCCUCGUAUACGAUGUCAACAAUGCAAAGAGCUUCGAGGCUCUGGACAGCUGGCGCGACGAAUUCCUGAUCCAGGCCUCGCCGCGCGACCCGCCCAACUUUCCCUUUGUUGUCAUUGGCAACAAGAUUGACGUCGACGAGAGCAAGCGAGUGAUUUCCAACAAGCGCGCCAUGACGUUUUGCCAGUCCAAGGGCGACAUUCCCUACUUUGAGACGAGUGCCAAGGAGGCCAUCAAUGUCGACCAGGCUUUCGAGGUCAUUGCUAGAAACGCCCUGGCGCAGGAAGAAUCGGAAGAGUUCAGCGGCGACUUUGACGACCCCAUCAACAUCCACAUCGAAAACGACCGCGACGGCUGUGCUUGUUAA